AUGGCGAAACUGUCAGAAGGUCUUCAUAACAUAUUAGAGAAAGGAGAGGAGGUGGAGGAGAAGGAAGACACAUCAGAGAAACCACCAGCAUUCAAAAAUAACCCUAAAAGAGAGAAAAAGGUGCAGGCUAAGCCUAAAAGUUCUGACAAUCUGGAGGCCAGCAAUUUUGCGGGUCCCCGCUCUGACCCGAGCCGGCCUCGGGCGCUUCCCGCCCGGGCGGGACACAGAGCCCGCGCCCCCGGGCGGAGCUCCCUACGACAGCCCACCGCCCCGCUCCGCCCCAGGCCGUGCCCCCCGCUCGGCCGCUGCCUGCGCGGCCCCCAGGCUCCCGCCCCGGCCCCGCCUGGCGGGGCUGCCACAGCGGCGGGGCGCGGGCUGCGCUCCCCUCCCCCGCCGCGGGGCGCUCCUCGGGGCGGCAGUGCUCUCGCAGCCGGCAGGCGAGAGCCCGGCGGAGCGAAAGGCAGGGCGGGAGCCCGCCCCUCGCCAGCGCUCCCCUCGCCCUCCUCCUCCCGGCUUUCUCCUCCCUCUCCUGGCAGCCCCGGACCCCCUCCUCUCACUGCCGAGCCCCGACCGCCUUCUCACCUCUCAAGGUCCGGGAAGGGGGCGAGGUUGGGAGAGGGCGGGGAAAGGGAAAAAAGCAGAAGGAGGCCCCGUCACCCCCCGCCCCUCCCGCUGCGCCCCGGCCCGGCGGCAGCCAGCGCUCCCGCUCGGCCGCGGGCAAUGGGGCGAUGCCGCCCCGGCGAUAACGGGUCCCCGCGGGCCCCGGCCCCUCCCCUGCGCGCGCGGGCACGGCCGGGGCGGGCGGGGCGGGGCGGGGCGAGGAGGGCCCCGGGGGCGGGGCGGGGCACUGGGACACGCCCCCAGCCCGCCGGCCCCGCCUCCUGCCCCGGGGCGGGAGGCGCGCGCAGGCCCCCAGCUGACCGGCUGCCCCCGCGCGCCCGAGGGCAGGGGCAGCGCGUGGCCGCGCGUGGCGGGGCGGUGGCGGCUGCGGCGCCUCCCGCGCAGCGCUCCCCCUGGCGGCGGGGCAGCGGAACGGCGGGCAGGGCGCUCCCCUCUGGAGAGGUGUCUCUGGGCUCCAAGGCCGCGUCCCGGCCCCGGGUACCCCUGCCUGCCUUCUAA